UCAAUUAUUUAGGAAUACACAUUCCUGUUAAAGCCCCAAAAAUUGGGUACAUGGAUUUCGUCAAUCGAAAGGGAUGAUGGGGACCAUCGAUGUCCAGAUGGUCAUGCAAGCUGUAGUUGACAACAAUUACUUGUUUAGAGACGUCAGCAUGAAAUUUCCAGGAAGUGUCCACGACGCGACGGUCUUUAAAGAAUCGGGAAUUUUUAAGAACCAUAGCCGAAUUAUUCCGGAAUUUUUAAAACUGGUGGGCAACAAAGAGAUUCCCUUCAUUAUCCUGGGAGAUCCGGCAUACCCAUUGCUACCGUGGCUUUUAAAACCAUAUACCGGACACUUAACUCCACAUGAAGAGUCGUUUAACUGCUACCUUAGCACGGGCAGAAUUGUAGUAGAAAAUGCCUUUGGUCGAUUAAAAGGACGCUGGAGGUGCCUGGCCAAAAGAAUAGAUAUUAAUUAUAAAUUUGUGCCAUAUGUUGCUUUGGCUUGCGCGACACUUCAUAACUUCGUCGAAAUAAGAAAGGAGAUGUUUACGCCAAUCAACGAGUAUGAAUGUAACCAGCAACCACCGGACUGGCAUUGUAACCAAGUACUGGAAUCUUCUGAAUGCGAUCCAUCUGACCUUAGGGAACACCUUAAGGAAUACAUUGUUUCUAACUUUCCUUUGCGAAGCAGUUCAAAAUAA